AUGAAAUCAGCGUCCCCGGAUGGACAGCGUCUCGCCAUACACGACUACAUGGCUCGCGAGCUCGCCGAAUCCAAUUGGAGAGAGGUUGACAUCGCUGUCGCCGCGAGACUUCUCGACGCUACUCAAACGAAGGUCAACUUCCUCCUUUCCCGUCUCACUGGGAAAGCCAAGGAGUGGGUUCUGGGUAAACUCGUUGCUGACGAGUAUUCGUUCCCCGCUCUGAAAGCUAUCCAGAGUGAUCUUCGACUCGCCUUACAGCCGCCACAAGAAGAGAAGUUAGUGCAUUCAAGGUUGCUGUCCUUGCUACAGGGUAAGAUGUCCAUGCGCGACUACGUGCAGAUGGCUCGACAUCUGGCGUCGUGCAUUGUCACGCAUCCCAUGGACAUGUACACACAAGUAAACGUGCUUGUCUAUGACAUGUGUGAAGGGCAGACUCGCCUAUCGCUGGAACGCGCGAAGCCUGCCACGUUGAAGAAGGCUUUCGCUACCGCCCUCCGUGAGGACUUCAGAAUCACCAAGGCCUGUACCAAGCCUUCAGUUGUUGCCGCUGUCAAAUCAACAGGUUCGAAACCUAUGGAGAUCGAUGCGAUUGAGUAG